AUGACAGAGACACAACCAUUAUUGGGCUCACAUGCCAAACCAGCCCAGCAUCCACAGAAACUAUUGAUCUGUGUCGUGUGUACUAUAUUCUUGCUAGCAGCCGAUUUCGGAUUUUUCAUGUCAGCCGCACCACAAAUCGCAGUAUAUGAGGAAAUCAUCUGUCGAAACUACCAAGCCAGUCUUCACGGGGUGGGAAAUGACACUCUGACUCCGCCAGUGUCUAACCCGUGUAAAUCAGAGCCUGUACAGGGAGAAUUGGCACUUGUGACUGGGUAUCAGAGUACACUCGAUGUAAUCCCUGGACUUGUACUCGCGCUGCCAUAUGGUGUCCUUUCAGAUCACUGGGGGCGGAAGCCUUUCUUAUAUCUUAGCAUCCUGGGCAUUAUCCUCGCGGAGGUCUGGAUUAGGAUAGUUUGCCUAUGGUCAAGUGUCAUUCCUUUACGGAUGGUCUGGAUGUCAGCUGUGUUUAAAAUCAUCGGUGGUGGCGACCAAGUCCUUACGGCCAUUGCUAUGGUCAUAGUGGCUGAGGUCUUCUCCGAAGACGAGAGAGCAACUGCACUCUUUCGUUUACAGUCUUGUGUUCAAAUCGCAGAGAUUCUGGCCACCCCACUCAGUGCUUAUCUGAUGACCUUUGGUCCGAUGUUUCCAUAUUUUCUCUCCAUAUUCAUCAUCAUUCUGGGAAGUAUUCCGGCCUUGUUCCUGCCCGAGACUCUCAAACACGCAAAAGGAAAACAAGCCAAUCGAGAAAUUUCAGAACAGAAUGGUGAAAGUGCGCAGGCCCAGCCUUCGAGCAAGCGGACAGUGGUACAGGAGAUCACCCGACAAGUUCGCGAGUUUAUACAGUCGACUCGGUUCAUUUGGACCGAUUUCAAUAUCUGUUUAAUGGUCUUUCUAAUGUUCGUCACGAUGAUGAGUCGACAAUGCACAAAUCUGCUCCUGCAAUAUGUGUCAAAGAAGUUUGACUGGAGUAUUGGUCGUGCCAGUCUUUUGAUUUCGCUGCGCGGGAUAUUUGCUCUCGUCACAUACUUGGGGAUAAUGCCAAUCCUGGCAUUCUUAACCGCCAAAUAUCUCAAUCUCCAUGGAAAAUAUAGUGACCAUUUCUUGAGCAAAGGUAGCGGUGUGCUUUCAAUCAUCGGAUUCGCCGUUACAUUUAUAGCCCCGACACCAGCUAUUUUGAUCGGUGGUCAGGUCAUCUUGUCAAUCGGCUCAUCGUUCAUGAUCUCUACACGCAGUCUGGCUACUUCACUUGUACGACCCGACCAUGCUGGCACUUUGUAUUCGGCAAUUGCCAUUGCACAGGGUUUGGGAACAGUCGUUUCCGGCCCAUUAUUUGCCAACCUCUUCAGAUUAGGAAUGCGUCUUGGACCUGCCUGGAUGGGACUGCCUUUCCUACAAGCCUCGGUCUUUUUCGUUAUUGCCGUCACCGCUCUUUGGCACAUUCGACUUGGACUGUCUCCGCGAGCCAAUGAUGAAGAACAGGAACAGGAACCUUUGUUGUCUCAGUAG